GGACCGAUGGCAUCUUCGCCGGCGUGUACAAUCUCGUUUGAUGACAAUUUUCACGGUGUAUUUUUUGCCGGCCAGAAAUUUACCGGCACGGUAGAUAUCGACCUUCCGAAAACGAAGAAAGUGAAAGGAAUUUCAUUAAAAGUUACCGGACUAGCACGUGUCCUAUGGACGGAAACCUACGGUACAGGAACAACGAUUGCAUUCCAGGGACGGGAAGAUUUUCUCAAGCAUGUAGUGGUCUUUGUACGAUCCGACACGGAUGAACCGAUAGUAAUGGACCCGGGACGCCAGGUUUACAAAUUUGCUUUACAACUGCCAAACUCGCUGCCCACAUCCUUCGAAGGUGAUUACGGUUACAUCCGCUAUACAGCUCGAGUCAUCUUUGAGCGGCCGUGGAAAUUCGAUCUCACCUAUAAAAUUGCGUUCACCGUCGUGAACCAACUUAACCUCAACACCAUCUCGCCCCCCUUGAACGUACCUGUAGUGCAAGAGCAUAUCAAGCACUUUUACUGUGGUCCAUGCCGUUCCGAGCCACUUACCAUUAACGUGAUGCUGCCGAUGACGGGAUACGUCCCGGGACAGUUUGUUCUCACCACAGUGAGCAUUUCUAAUGGCAGCAAUAAGUGUAUCGCUGAAGUGAAGCUCAAGCUUCGCCGACAGGUACGAUAUUGUAGCAAAACACCCUACCAACAGAACCGGACAGUCUACAACACACUGGCCAAGUUUCAAUGCAGUGGUGUCGAUGCGAAGGGAUCGGCAGCAUACGAAAGACGGUUUCUAGUGCCAUCGGAACCACCAACACGCAGCGACACUAUCAUUCGUCUCGAGUACUUUGUAGAAGUGACCGCCAAGGUAUUGGGAAUGGCCUACAGUCCACAGGUGCAAAUUCCUGUGAUAAUCGGUACAGUGCCACUAAUGAACCUCAACCAACGGCAACAGAGGGCAUCCAUUGUGGAGGCCCACAUGACGACUACAUCAUCUUUAACUCGAAAAAUCUUUCACGCCAGUGUGCCGUCUCUCGCUAUCCCUCACACGUUUGAAAAAUCAGCUGGUCGUGUCGAUGUCAACAUUCAGGAUGAUGACGAGUCCCCGUCGCUUGGUACAGUGCCAUUUACUCCACGUUAUCCAAUGUAUCAUUUCGACACAGAUAAUAAGCUUGCUACGCACAAUGGAGCAUUUCCUCAGGUUCACUCGGCAAACGCGUACAAAAGCGAAAAAUUGCCACCAAAAAAUACGACAACGACGGACAGAUAG